AUGAACGUUGUAGCCGGUGGCGAAGAUUUGGAAAACAGAGUGUAUUUUGGGAUACCAAUUGGUGCAAUAAAGUUAGAAGAGUACGGCUUGGAAGCAGAUGUAUAUGCAUCUGAUGAGCAUACUAUCAACUUUCAAAAUUUUUCUUACGACCCAACUAAACCGGGAUGUCUUUCAUUGAUUAUGGGGCCAGCAAGAAAGAACGAAAAAAAGGCUUUGAAAGAAGGCGUUUUGUUGGAAAUGUUUGAAAAUCGAAUACUGUCGGGAGGCUCAAAACGUAAAGUGCGUCAAGUGGUCAGCGACAGUGUAUUUCCGUUGUCCGACACAAAGGAUAUGAAGCCGGUGGUGGAUCCCUUCGCUGGAAUAAAGUUGGACCUUGGUGAUCAAAAAAAUUUAUCUAUAAGCAGUAAGGAAAUUUUAAUUGAAGAGUCAGAAAACUCUACCAAUUAUAUACCACCAAACAAUAAAUCAGAUUCGUCAGAGCAAGACAAUUCUGAAAUGCCCGCUAAGUUUGCCGUAAACAGUUCCAAUAAACCUGCUCAUAUGGAGUUACCUGAAACAGCCGAAGUCCUUACAGCAACUGAAGGUGAAGCAAACUAUGAAGCGCAGUCAUCUCUUACAGCUUCAUCGCCAGAACGUUUUGAUGGCAUUAAAAACGCUGAAAAGCUUGUUGCAAAGUCUAAUAAAAACAGUAAAGUAAGAGGUUUAGUACUAGAAGAAGGUGUUGGAGAAGAAAACAAGAUUAACCUUGCUGAUUUCGGCUUUGAAAACAAUGAGCCUCAGAACAACGUUAACACGGACAGGGAACGAUCUCAAACGACAACACAACAGACUUCUAAAAACAAUCUCGGUCUUAUUGUGAUCAAUCCGGACACUGGAAAAAUUUAUGAUAAGGAUUUGACAGAACGAAAAAAACAGGAAAGGUCUCGCAGCUAUCAAGCUAAGAAGAAUCUUAAGUCACUAAAGCAAUUUAACAACAAUAAGAAUGUUGAAGAACCAAUGGAAAAAAUUAAAUUUGCUCGUAAUGAAGGCAAAAGUGAAACUGAUUCUCUUCUUACUGAUUCGUUUUUCAACGAACACGACACUUCACCAGAACAACCUGUAACAAAUACAAUGACACUCGGUUUAGCUACGGUACCAGCUAUGGAGUCUUCGACAGCAUUACCAACAACUUUGGCAGAAUUACCAGCAGCCAUUCUCACACAAAUGGAAACAGCAGGAACCACAGUAAAACCUUCAAAAAAGAGAAGUGGUAUGAAGAAACUCGAAAAUAAAUUUAUACUUCCGGAAAUCUCACAUGGUUCUGCAAAUUUUGUGCUAACAAAUGGUGCCAAAUUGACAAAUUUUAAAUGGAUCGGUGUUUAUGACAGUUGUGAAAAAAAAACAAUGCCAGUACUUUCGAUUGAAGAACUUGAUCCUCCUCGUCCUGAAAAACUUUCUUCGCUUCGGCAUCGCUCGCAUAACGUCACUUCACGUCGCAUCCAAAUUCUUAAUUGCAAUACGGUUCUCAUACCACAGUUCUCAUACGACAGCUCCUCAGCACCUCAACGUACAUUCUUCUAUUUUGGAGUUGGUCAGUAUCCUGAAAACGUUGAAGAAACAAUUCGUGCAAUUGUUGUUGGUGAAUCAUACGGCCCGCUUCGUUCCUUCUACGGUGAAGAUGUUCUACUUCGCCUGCCAAAAAGUUAUCGAACAUUUGAUGUUGAUUUUUUGAUGGUCUUCAACGAUGAUGAAAAAAAGUCUUAUGGUCAUACUGUUAUACCCAGUUUAUUAGUACCACCGUGUACCGAAGACGAUUUAUAA